CUUAGAAAUUUAGUUCAAAUAAUACCUUGUAUACAUACAUUUUUUAUUUUGAACAGUUUACAUACAUAUUAUAGAAAUGUGGAGUGUUCAGGCCUUGGUGGUGCAUCUCUUGCUGCUGGGCUCCAUCCUGAGCAUCUACUUCCAAUCGACCGUGUUGUCGGAUCUUAAUCCUCUUAGUACACUGCGUGAACUGGGCUUGGAACCGCCGGCGGAUCGACUGGUGGUUUUUGUGGUGGAUGGUUUGAGGGCGGAGUCUGUCUUGGCGCAUAACUGCAGUGCAGUUCCGGAUCUGCGGGAGCUCUUCAUCGAGCACGGGUUAGUUGGCAUAUCGCGUGCCUGCCCUCCGACGGUAACCAGACCGGGGCAUAUCGCCAUCUUCGGGGGAUUCAAUGAAGAUCCCGCUGCGGCACUCACAAACUUUGGCUGGAACCCAUCUACUUUCGAUACCGUCUUCAAUCGCAGCAGGAACGCCUUUGGCUGGACCCAGGAUGUGGUUGCCAAAGUCUUUACCCACCUGCCCACCGGUGGUGCCCCAUUGCGCUUCGAAACCUUCUGCAGGUCGGAAAUUUCGGGCAGACUACGGUUGGAUGAAUGGAUUUUCAACAAGGUGCGCAACUUCCUGACCAAGGAGGAGAAUGUGCGACCAUUGCGGAAUGCCACCUCGGUGGUGUUCUUUGUGUAUUUAGCCGAUAUCGACCUGGCCGGCCACGCCUUUACACCUUACGGCGCGAGUUUCCAGGAAAAGCUGAACUUCACUCAACGGGGUAUCCGGCAGACCUACGAGCUCUUCGAGAGCGUUUUUAACGAUAGUCGCACUGCUUAUCUAUUGACAGCGGAUCAUGGCAUGAAUGAUGCGGGUCAGCACGGCGGUGGCGGAGAUCGCGAAGUGGAAACCCCCUUUAUUCUCUGGGGAUCUGGUGUUAAGGACGUGGCCCCCGAUCCCGGCCAGAACUUUACUGCCAAUAACGAGGGACUUACUCUACCCCUGUAUCAGUUGGAACAGACACAACUGGCACCUCUAAUGUCCGCUUUGAUUGGGCUUCCACCUCCUAUGAACAACAUAGCCCUGUUGCCCCUGGGAUUCCUGAAUACCAGCAUUCAGUACGAACUCCAGGCUCUCCACUUGAAUGCGAUGCAGCUCUUGGCGCAGGCCAGGAUUCUCAUAAAGCGGCAUGAGGACGGCAUUCUUUAUACGUGGCUGCCCAAAUUUGAGGGCCUGGACUCGGCGCAGAUUGAUGGUUACGCGCUAAGGAUACAAUUUCUGGUGGCCGAGCAACACUACGAGCAGGCUCUGAAGAUUUCUCAGAAGACAGCCAAGGUUGCUCAGGAAUGUUUGGAGUACUAUCAUGGGUAUUAUCACCUGCCCCUUCUGGUGGCCACCACUGCCUCCUAUUUGGUGUGGUUCUAUCUCCUGCUGGUGCAAUUCACACGGGAGUCCAUCCAACCGCGAUCCGAGCGGAGGGGAUUUCUAUCAUGGAGCACUCUCCUGAUGGCCUUGGGCGGAUUGCUGCUCCUGGAGUUAAUGAUACUGCAGAUGGUGCCCUACCUGACGGCCUUCUACCUGUUGCUGCCAUUUGGAAUCCUCACCAUUGCCGUGGCUGAACGUCCUCUGGAAGGUAAUGGAGUUAUGUUCCAAUUUCCCAUCCUUCAUCUGGUGGGCAUCGUUGUGCCCGCUGGCCUCUUGAUACUGAUGGCCUUCCACAACAGCCACAUUGGUCUGCUCUACUUCCUGCUGGUGUGCCUCAACAAUCGCAGGUCCUUCCUUAGACCCUCCCUGAAGUUCUUUUUCUGGCUUGUUCUGGUAAUACUGCUCAGUGGAAUUUUGGUGGUGAAGCAAAACUCAAGUUUGGAUUUCAUAACCGAUGCUAUAGAAGAAUAUGUGGAAAAAAGCCACGUGGUGUACUUCAGUAUGGUGCUAUCCGUGAUACGUCCUUUAAUCCUAAGGCACCGUCAUGCGAAACGAGUUUGGAUCACCAACAUUGCAGCACUUCUGGCAUCAGCAUAUGGAAUCUAUCAGUGGGACACGGAUCAGCCAGUCUGCACCUAUGUUUAUGCUGCAUGUUGGUCGUAUCUGGCCUUUGUCUUUUUAUCUAUCCCUUAUAGUGGGACCAAGGAGCUAAAGCGUCGCCUGGAGCUGAUCAUUUUCAAUAUGCUUACGGUUCACAUCAUGCUAACCAUAUCGAUGGCUUCGCUCUUUGUCCAGAUUAUGGUAACUGAGUUUGUGCUGGGCCUCGAACUUUAUGAAGAGAGCAACAAAGCGAGGGAGAUUAGAAAGAGGAAUACGGAUGAAGAAGGAAAUCAGGAUGGGAACCAAGUACAAGAGGAACCUCAAAAUGAAACACCCGUGACUCCACUGGAGCACCUGAGGCUAUCCUAUCGGUAUGCGGCGCUUAUUUUGCUGUACUUCUACGUAUCCUUCUUCGGAACCGGCCACUGGUUCUUCAACUUUACCUUCAAACCCAUCACCUCGCGACUGUUCUUCGCCCAAUUUCAACUUCACAUGAUUGCGGCCUUUAUACUGCUAAAGAUAUUCAUUCCGUCAAUUAUCGUUAUGUCAAGCAUAUACGCUCUGGUAUCCUUUGGUCGCAGAAAUGUCCGGUCCAUCUUUAUCUGCCUGUUCCUGAUGAACGACACCAUGAGCCUGUACUUCUGCUACUUUGUGAACAAUCGAGGCUUCUGGCAGGAGGUGCGCCAAUCGUUGGACCGUCUUCUAGUGACCCAUGUCUUUAUCAUUAUCCUGCUUGUCUGCUCCUGGAUCGCUAAGGCUUUCCUUAUCAACACCACGGAAAUUAAACCACCCCGUACAGCCCAAGUCCAGGUUCUCGACAAUGCUAUUGCCUUAGUUGGGGACAGUCAGGCUUAGCUUAUCCCGAAUGAUGUGCCAAAAUUGUCUGGAUUUAUUUUUAAUCUUCGUCGCUGUUUAGAAAGAAAUUUGUUUGACUAUGCAGUAGUUGCAAUAAAUUGUUAUGAAUAAAAUAUUUAAAAUUGUAAA